GCAGUUUACUUUUGGGUUGUUUUCUUUUUUUUCUUCUUCCAAGGAUUCAGACAGCCUACAAUUAUCCCGACUGAACUGCACUUUACGCAAAAAUAAUAAAUAAAUAAAUACAUAAAUAAAAAAUAAAUAAAUAACAAUAGAGCAACAACUGGCGAUUCACAAGAUGGCGCAAGGGGCAUCGUUUGCUGUGCUCCUGGGUCUGUGGCUCCUCUCGUGUCCUGUGAAAUGCUGGAGCAGCGGCGGAUUUCAAGGCGCCGUUCCUCAUCACGUUAAACUCAGCCCAGUCUCCUGGGAGCAGACAGAGCAGCCUGCACCGAGCUGGUCCGCCACAGGAACGUCUGCGCAGGCACAGGAGGUGCUCGGCUCCAGCCAGGAGGCUCUGCAUGUGACCGAGCGCCACUACCUGAAGCGGGACUGGUGCAAGACGCAGCCGUUGAAGCAGACGCUGCAGGAAGAGGGCUGCAUCAGCCGCACCAUCAUCAACAGCUUCUGCUACGGCCAGUGCAACUCCUUUUACAUCCCGCGGCACGUCUACCAAGAAGAAAGCGCCUUCCAGUCCUGCUCCUUCUGCAAACCAAAAACGUUCACCGUCGUCACUUACACGCUGAUCUGCCCGAGUCAGAUCCCGAGAAUCAGACGGAAACACGUGCGGCGGGUCAAACAGUGCCGCUGUACUUCCAUAGACUUGGAUUAAUACUGAUCGCACAAAGUUACGUUUUUUGCUUUCCCACGUGACUGAU